AUGGAUUUUACAGAAUUUGAUGCCUGGAUAUCACGUGAACUAAGAUCAUUCUUAGGUAGGUGCGCAACCAGACAAGGGGCAUUUGAUUUUUCUACAUUCAUGUUUUGGGGUUUAUUAUCACCUCUUCCAGCUCCCUACGACUUGAGGGAACCUGAAUCGUCUGGAGUCCUACGAUUUUGCUUCUUACAAUCUUUACUAGGCAUUGAUGGAGGCAUAAUUGAUCCGCCCGAAUACAAGCACCUAUUCAACUCUCUAAUAACUGCUAUGCAUUCUUCCUUUCUUUCCUACUCCAAAGAGUUUAAACUUAAUCCAGGGAUUCCUUCUUCCUGCUCCAAAAUCCUUGCUCAAGCACAGCAAAAAGCUCGCAUACUCCUUGGACCUUCCGAAAUGCAUGGUUUCAUGCAUCACUGGGCUUCUCGAUUCACCACAGAAUCACUACUAUUCUCGGGGAAGCAUUCAUCCAUGUUGAGAGUUUCAUACAACUCAAACAUUGGGGGAUUCUUGAAGAUUACGUCCUAUUCUCCACUGGUUUCCAUGGAGACCACGAACGGAUCUUCUAUGGUUGAAGAACGUCUACAUCGAGCUUUGAGUUACCACCUAUUGCACUGCAUCUUUCAAUUUGGACAUGUUGUCAAUGUUUAUCCACAUUGGAUUGAAGUUUGCCUGCAAAUAGAUAAUGUGAGAUGCGAUGUGUGUCCAUUGCACCGGUUAAUGGAGAUCACAGGUUCUGUUCUAAAUGAACGACAUUUUCCUUCCAAAAUCUGUUUGACAAUUGGCCCUAAGAAUGGACAUGGCGUCCAUUCUGUUUCCUUGACUCGAUCAUCGCAGAAUCCCAUCACAGAGAUUGGUAAAGGGAACACGUACGAGGCCACAUUCGAGGCACCCAAGAAUGUGGGGCUCAAGGCUACCACUACAACUACAUCUACAGUGAAGAUCAACAAUUGGGGUUUUGAGCAGUUAGUCGUCAAUGAUAGCGAUGCAAAGAUAGAUUGGACUCUGUAUGAUAGCACCACUGCAAAGGCGGUAUUUAACAAUGGGCCUCCAAAAUUUUCAGUGUUGGGCCCCAAAACAUGGUCCAUUGAUAGGUAUUCCAAGGCUUGCAGAGCUUUCACUCAAGGAGGAGGGGUGGUGUUUGCCAAGAAUGAUUAUGGAGAUCCCGUAACAUGGAGGCUCAAUAAGGAUUUGGAGGGACAGACAUUGAAAUGGAUUGUCCAAGGUUCCGUCUGGUUAACCUAUUGGCCAAACACACACCGCACUCGAUGUUCGGAGACUAAACGCCAUGAUUUUUAUCAGGAAUUCGAUCUUACAUUGGCAUAG